AACUACGGAGUACCACGCACUUUCCUUGCAUACUCCCGUUAUAAAAGAUCCUUUAAUGGAAAAGCUCAAAAGAUCCUUUAAAGCUCUCUCUCCGGAUCAUCCUUCUGGUCAACCACAAGAAGAGCGCAGUGUUCUCUUGAACCAAAUCGAAUCACUAGAAAGUUCAAUUCUAGACAUGCCGACGCCUAUGUCAUCUUCUUCUUCACAGUCGCCCUCGAAGUCCCCUGCUGCCGAUGGUUCUACUGAGUUCACUGCUAACAUUAUGCCUAUAGAAACCGAGCUGUCUACUUAUCGCUUGCAGACGCAGCUGGGAGAUAGCAAUGUUAAUUAUUCCACUGCGGUAAACCCUUGGGAUGCUAACAAGGUCUGGAGGGAUUCUAGCUACGAUUUCUCCAACGAUGAGGUGAUUAACCCUAAGAAAAACGGCAAUAAAGAUUUCAACUUUGUUUCGGAGUCACCUCUGUCCAGGGUGGCGGAGAGUCCGACCAUUGGUCAGAUUUCUCCUAGGGAAGUUCGGGUCUCAUUCAAUGAGAACUUGAAUGAACAGGUUCGCCGUCGGUCAAUUGCCAGCGGCGAGCAGCGGACUAGUGCAGCAGAAGAGGUUGUGGUAUGCAGUACAACCUCAUCUUUUCGUAGAAAGUCGGGGCUUCUGUCUACUAAGAUGAAGUCCAGGCUGUUGGACCCCCCUGAGCGGCAGAAUGAUCAGAGGUCUCAGAGGAUGACCAUGAAGUCUGGGCUAUUGGGCAAGGGGUGUGAAGUCGAGGAAGAUGACCCUUUCCUGGAAGAGGAUUUACCAGAAGAUUACAAGAAGAUUAACUUUAGUCCUCUAACUAUUAUGCAAUUGGUGAGUUUGGUCCUGAUUAUUUCAGCUUUGGUUUGUACUGUCUCCUUCCGUGUGCUGAGAAGGAAGGCUGUGUAUGACCUUGACUUGUGGAAAUGGGAGUUGAUGGUCUCUGUGUUGAUUUGUGGAAGAAUGGUUUCUGGUGGGGGGAUUAGAGUUGCAGUUUUUUUUAUUGAGCGCAAUUUUUUAUUGCGAAAGAGGGUUUUAUAUUUUGUAUAUGGAUUAAGAAAUGCAGUGCAGAAUUGCAUUUGGUUGAGUUUAGUUUUGAUAGCUUGGCAGUGCAUAUUCGAUAAGAGGGUUGAGAGGGCUACCAAUGGGGAUAUAUUGCCACAUGUGACCCGAAUUUGGAUUUGUUUGCUUGUGGGAACUUUCAUAUGGCUUGUGAAGACGGUGCUAGUUAAGGUUCUUGCCAUGUCAUUCCAUGUCAAUGCAUUUUUUGAUAGGAUUCAAGAAUCUUUGUUCAAUCAAUAUGUGAUUGAGACUUUAUCUGGCCCUCCGUUGAUUGAGAUUUUGCGAGAACAAGAGGAGGAGGAUAAGACGAUGGUUGAGGUGCAAAAGCUUCAAAGUGCAGGGGCUACAUUGCCUCCUGAUCUCAAAGCUGCAAUAUUUUAUAAGAGCGGGAGACCUAUCGGGACCCCGCGAAAGAGCCCAACUUCUGCCACUGCAAGGAGCCCAACUCCAAUGUUUUCAAGAGUCAUGUCUAAGAAGGAAAAGGUUGAGGAGGGAGGAAUCACUCUUGAUCAUUUGCACAGGCUCAAUCAGAAGAAUGUUUCUGCCUGGAAUAUGAAGAGGCUGAUGAAUAUUGUUCGGAAAGGUGUGUUGUCUACUUUAGACGAACAACUUGAUGAGUCCACAUGUGAAGAUGAAUCUGCAGUGAAGAUUACCAGUGAAAAACUGGCAAAAGUUGCAGCCAAGAAGAUAUUUAACAAUGUGGCAAAGCCAGGCUCCAAGUUUAUUUACACGGAGGAUCUCCUAUGCUUUAUGAGAGAGGAUGAAGCAUUAAAAGUUUUGCAUCUUUUUGAAGCUGGAAAUGAGACCAAAGGAAUCAGUAAGCGUGCUCUCAAAAAUUGGGUGGUCAAUGCAUUUCGAGAACGGAGAGCUCUUGCUUUGUCUCUAAAUGACACCAAAACUGCUGUGAACAAACUGCAUCAUAUGUUGAAUGUUCUUGUAGCAGUACUCAUAGUGGUCAUCUGGCUUCUUAUACUGCGAGUUGCAACCAUGCAUUUUUUUGUGUUUUUAAGUUCCCAGAUUCUAUUGGUGGUAUUCAUGUUUGGGAAUACAGCUAAGACAACAUUUGAGGCCAUCAUUUUCUUAUUUGUAAUGCAUCCAUAUGAUGUUGGUGACCGUGUUGAAAUUGAUGGCGUUCAGAUGGUCGUUGAAGAGAUGAAUAUAUUAACAACUGUAUUCCUACGAUUUGACAAUCAAAAAAUAUUCUAUCCAAAUAGUGUUUUGUCUACAAAGCUUAUAGGUAAUUUUUACCGUAGUCCGGAUAUGGGAGAUUCAAUUGAUUUUGCCAUUCAUAUUUCAACUCCAAUGGAAAAGAUUGCAACUAUGAAAGAGAGAAUAACAAGCUACAUCGAGAACAAGUGCGACCAUUGGUAUCCGACUCCAAUGGUAGUGAUGAGAGAUAUAGAAGACAUGAACAGGAUAAAAUGGUCGGUUUGGAUUUCACACACAAUGAAUUUCCAGGACAUGGGGGAGAGGUGGGUGAGGAGAGCCCAACUCGUUGAAGAGAUGAUCAAAGUAUUCAAGGAGCUUGAUAUUGAGUACCGCAUGCUCCCGAUUGACGUCAAUGUCCGAAACAUGCCUUCACUCACUUCUACUAGACUCCCAUCUAACUGGACUGCUUGUUCCACAUAAUCUUAUACUGUCUGCAUACACACACACACACACACACACACACAUACGCACUAAUUUUUAUAUUGUGCAUGUUCUAAGUAUAUGUAAAAAAUAAAUGUUCAUACUUCAAUUUAAUAUGCAAAGAAUACUCUAGAGACAUACGAAAAACAAAGUACUGAAAGCUUUUGCAGUAAUGAAUUGGUUCAUUUUUU